AUGCCUUCGAGCCAAGAGCAAAAAACACCCCUUACAACGGGCCAGAAAAUCGCAAAUUUACCAACAAUCAACUACCGCGUAUUAGUUGACAAUGAACCCAAGGAGAUUAUCAAAUUGCUAUCAGUGUGUGUAGAGGAGGGGUUUUUCUAUCUGGAUAUGAGGGACGACUUUGCCCUCCUCGCCGAGCUUGAGAUGCUCCAAGGCUUUAUUGAGAAGUGGUUUAGCCAGUCUGAUGAUAUCAAAAAGGACUUUGCUCGAGGGAGCUAUAUCCAUGGCUACAAGCCUACGGGUGCAUUUGCUGGUCCCUAUGAAAAUACUCGCGAUGCCUACGAAAGUCUCAAAGUAUCCCAUAAAAGUCUCGCAGACCCGAACGCAAAAUUCCCCACUGAGGAUGAGAACGAAAGAGCCAUGAUAAUCAGCUAUUUGGAACGAUCCAGGGCUGUAAGCUUGAAGCUUGUCGCUUUGUUGUCGGACGCAAUGAAUCUAUCGCCAGAAGAAAGGCUAGAAUCCUACCAUCAAUCUGAUAUCGACUCCAAUUCUGUACUCGUGCUCCUGAAGUACCCUUAUACCAAUCCAGCUGAGUUAUGCAGCAAGGUUGGCCACAACAAACACACCGAUAUCGGCAGCAUUACAUUCCUCAUUACCGACCAGUGGGGCUUGCAAGUCAUGGCAAAAGAUUCCGAAGAAUGGGAAUUCAUCGAACCUCGUCCUGGACAUGCAGUGAUCAACGUUGGUGAUUCUCUUCGAUUCCUGUCAAAGAAGGCGUUGAGGUCGUGCCUUCACCGAGUGAUUCCAGUUCCUGGACAAAAGGUUGAUCGCUACACAAUUGCCUAUUUUCUGCGCCCUAGCGAUAGUGCUGUUUUCACUGGUAGCGACAACCAACCAGUACGCGCUGCAUCCUGGCAUGAUCAAAAAUACAAGGUUUUUGAAAGCACCCAGGAAGAACAAAGCAAGACUGCAAUUCUGACCGGGGGCCUGGAGCCUCUUGGUAAGCGACAUGAGAUCCGUUCGUGA